AUGUCCGACUCUGGGAUCAUCAAAAAUUGGAGCUUUCGCAUGUCCGGUCUGGUCGCAAGACUCAUGGAGGCGGGUCUACAUCAUCUUUGUCUGAAGAACUUGCUCCACUUGCUGGAGCUCUUCGAGUUUUACUCCAAUUUGACAGCGGAGGGCCGGGAGGGGAAGAUGCUCACCUAUAUGCCACCACCAGUGUAUCUGCGCAUGGCCGUGACGAACUACGAGCAGCAUCCACUCUUUUACAUCCAGGUGACCGUUGAGCGGAACGGCAGUUUCGGGGAUGGUAGCUUCAUCCCAUCCUUGGAGCUCGCCAUCGAGUCCACCUUUGCGUGUGCCGAUACCAAGAGUCUGGACGUGAUCUUGCGGCGCAAGAAGUUCGCAGAGGUGGUACAGCACGUGGCGCAGCGAUGGACGUUGGACACUAAUAAGAUGGACCUGCUCCCCGAUGGUGCGGCACAUGGUGGAGCCCCUUCUGCCAACAAUCUGGCUGUGGCAAGAAACACUGCGCAUAUGGUAGCACAACUGGCCACAGGCUUCGGUGGGCUGCCAGAGGAGCUGCUCAGCAGUGAUGACGAGCCAAGCGUUGAUGAUCUGCUUAUGGCACCGACCACGCGUCGACAGGAUAUAAAGGUUCUCUUCCAGGACACUGCCGGAAAUCUGGAGGUGAAGCUGACCGCUCACCCCACGGAGUUCCGAGAGGUUCUAGGUGAGCACUUCCGGAAGGUAGUCGAAUUGACAGAGAAAUACACCACCAUCGAUGGAUCCCUUCAACAAGAUGGAGAGGUGAAGCAACAGUUCUUGGCUAGCUUAAGUUCGGUGCAGAAGCUGGACCUACAAGAAACUUACGAGGAAAGGAUCACCAGCUGUUUCUUCGACCCCUCAGAAGUGGUCUAUGAGGUUCGCCAAUACCAUGCACUGCUCCAACGCUUCAGCCACCAAGAAGAGCAGCUGAAGAAGAUGCUCAACAUGCAACUGGCCGAGGUCGCCGGUGGGGCCGAAACUCCCGAAGGGGAAGAAGACCCAGAAGAGGCAAAAAGCCAAUCUGCGCAUAGCUCCUUCUCGGAAGAGAGGUUUGCUUCUGGGAUCACUGCGUCCAUCGAUGAACUCCGGGAACACUUAGAUCGCAUCGAUGGCUGGGCCAAGGAGCUCAACGAAACGGAGGAUUUGCCAGAACGCCACCUAGGGCUUUUUGUGGUCGACGUCACUCCCUUGCGCAAGGCUCUGCUGGCCAUGUGUGCCUGCUGUCGCCUUAGGCUUAUGGGCGUGGUUCAACGAUGGCUGGAAGAUGCCUGUGCCAAGCUGAAGCACUCCCUACAGGUGAAGAGUGGUGAAAUCAUCAUGUCGCCCAAGCACCCGGACGAGCUCCACAGCACCAUCCAGGCGAUGAAGAGUUUGGACCCCUUCUUGGUGGAAACCGCGCCGGUCCUCGCUUCGAUUCGGCAGAUGUUCGAGGUCUUGGAGAGCCGCUAUCACCAGGUGCCUCGUGCCUUGCUCAAGCGUUGGUACGAAUGCAUCCACGCGGUUCCUGACCUUCGGGAUCGUGCCGAGAAGUGGCAGAACAUCUUCCGGAAGGACCUCCGUGGCAAGUUCAACAUCCGCAUCGCGGAGAAAGCCAAGAUACUGUCGGCCCAAGUUCAAGAAUGCCGCUUGGUACUGGAGGAAUAUGCAUGCAAGGUCUCCUUGACCAAAGCCGAGUUCUACUACAACAAGAUGCACAAGUUGCAGGACCGAGUGGCAAAACUGCAAGAGCAGGUGCAGAAACAGCAUGUUCACGAAGAGAUGAUGGAGAUGCCAUUGUCGGAGUUCCCAGGUUUGGCCGCCACCGCCGAGCAGAUUGCACCUUUGUUGGACCUUUGGUUUUUGGCCCACGACUGGAGCCAGUGGCAAGAAGAGAUUCUUUUUGGCGAGUUCUCCAAAAUCGAUCCCAACGGAGUGAAGCAGAAGCUGCAGAGCUGCACUGAGACGAUGAAGCGCCUCGAGGAGGUGUUUGCCACCCAGCCGCGGCCGCGGCAGGUCCUACAUUCGCUCUCCUUGGAACUCACCGAACUGAGAGUUCUUCUGCCGGUCAUCGUCUCCCUACUGAACCCGGGUCUCAGAGAGCGCCAUUGGACUCUGAUCGGGGAGGCCAUCGAUCAAAACAUCCAGGCCCAUCAGAUGAAGGACAUUCGACUUUCGGAGAUGAAUGAGCGCUUUCCCUUCGUCGCCCACCUCUCAAAGAUCCAGGCCAUCUCGGAGACAGCUUCAAAAGAGAUGUUGAUCGAAGAGGAGUUGCAAAGGAUGCAAGAGCAAUGGGCCAAGUUGACCUUCGAGUUCAAACCGACAGGUGUCUUUGGGGAAGGCGAUGAGCAGAUCGAGGAGGAGUCCUCCAUCUCAGUGGCUGAGUUGCACCAUGCCGAGGCAUGGGAGCUCAUCACGGAGCAAAUCGCCAAGGUGAGAGCCUUAGGCCGUCGCCCCAAUGCUGCAGUGCACGAGAAGGACUUGGUAGCUCACGAUGCGAAGCUUAAGGCCAUUGGAGACCUUUGCGAUCGUCUCUAUGAGGCUCAGUAUGGCUACGUGGUGGCUCGAGAGCACAUGCUUCAGGAAGGCUUAGUGAAGGAGCUAAUGCAACGCGACACUGAGAUGAACAAGGAGUGGAGACGAUUCUUCGAAGUGGAAAAGCAAUGGCAGAACAUCAUGGCCCACCUGAGAUCCUCCAACACCUGGCUGGCGCUGUUGGAAGUGCCGAAGAUCUCCACGUUCUGCAGAGAGGCUGAGACCGGGACAAGCACGGGUGCUCGGGUGCGUCUGGGUACCCGUUAA